AGUUGACCUGAGCAGAGGAAGAUGGCAAAGCUCGCCCUUCUCGCCGUGCUCGCGGUGCUCGGUUCCGUGGCCUGCCAAGCAUCCGGCUACAGCGACACAUAUCCCAACCCCACUCCCAUCAUACCACCGGCUACUCCUCCGCCCAGCCCUAGCCCUGGCCCUACCCCGGGCUAUCCCUCCCUCACUCCCACCGUGCCGGCCAGGCCCCCACCGGUUUCUCCUCUGACGAGCCCUACCCCACCUCCUACUCUCCCGCCGAGCCCUCCUCCUACCCCGGUCUAUCCCACCCCCACUGCCACCACGCCCGCGCCCCCACCCCCACCGGCUUCUACCCCUACCCCGUCUCCAGCCGCCAGCCAAGGACAACUCCACCACGUCGAUGGACGCCACGUACGCUGGAAAGCUGACCCAGGACUGCCCCGCCGGUAGUGAUCCCACGGUGCCGCAAGACUACAAGACCCCCGACGUGUUGGACAAUCAGUACUACAGGAACGUGAUGGAUCGCAAAGCGCUCUUCACCUCCGACGCGGCGCUCAUGACGUCACCAAAGACCAAGGAGUUGGUGGAAAAGUACACUUGGUGGUUGAUCGGAGAUUUCUUGUGGUACAGACAUUUCGAGGAUGCCAUGGUGAAGAUGGGUAAUAUCGAGGUGAAGAACAGCACCAACGGCCAGAUCAGGAAGAAGUGCGGGUUCGUGAACGAGCCCUACACCGGUUGAUGAUCUCUCAAGGGUGGAGACUACAUAUUCAGUCGUGCUUUUUGGGUUUGCCUUUUGAUCUUCCUUAAUUUCUAGUCUCUUUUCACUAAGUUUUUAGCUUGUUGGUUCAUUUCCUUCAUUUGUGCUGUAAUCCUUGUUGGGCUACUAGCCAACUACGUACGGGCAGUACUUUUCAUUGAGAUUGAUGAAUUAGUUUUUCUGUUAGUUA